AUGCCGCCGGCAACACUGUUGGAGAGCAUGCACAUGCGCGGUAUGCUCUUGCACAUGAACUUGCGAUUCUCGCCCAAAAUCGCGAGCUAUCCCAGCAUCGCAAGAGUUACAUCGACCCACACAACAAUCACGAAAGGUCUGCCUCGAACACAGCGAUUCGCCAUGACGACCACCAUUUUCAAGCACAUCGACCCGAGCACCAUUGGCAAGUCGAAGCCAUGGACGAAAGUGGAUGGCCCGGGCCAGUCCUUCAAGAUGAUGGACGUUGCGCGACCCGUUCACAACAUCAGAGGCAAGGAGAAGGAAUUCACAACAGACAACUCGGGAUUCGCCGUCUACAACUGGCCAGCGAAAGAGAAGGCUUUCGUGGACGACCAAACCGUGAGGGAUGGAUACUACGCGGAGGUCGAAGAUUUGCUCAGGAAGACCCACGCAGGAGUGAAGAAGGUCGUGAUCUUCGAUCAUACCAUACGCCGCCGCGAAAAGUCAUCACCUCGACAGCCGGUCCAACAAGUUCACGUCGACCAGACGCCUGAAGCCGCAGCUUUGCGAGUUCGUCGCCAUCUGCCCGCCGAGGAAGCCGAGCAGCUGCUGAAAGGCAGAUACCAGAUCAUCAAUGUGUGGCGACCGAUCGAAAACCCAGCCUCCGACUUCCCAUUGGCUGUCGUCGACUGGAGGUCAACUUCGCCCAAGGACUUUAUUCCGCUCGAUCUCAUGUACCCCAAGCGCCCAGACUCUGCUAUGGACGAUGAUGAUCGCGGCAAGGAGAAGCUCCCAGACGAGAGCAAGCACUUCUCAACUGAAGGUUACGAGGCACGUGGCGAGACUCUGGCGGUUCAACCCAACGAAUCUCACAGGUUUUAUUAUAUGAGGGACAUGAGUCCCGACGAGGUCAUGAUGCUGAAGUGUUACGACUCCUACGGUAACGAUGAGCCAAUGGGCAAGCAAGGCCUGGCAGUAAGAACCCCUCACACUGCCUUCAUCGACCCCAACACCCCAGCGGAUGCCCCUGGCAGGCAGAGCAUCGAAGUGCGAUGUCUAGUCUUCUAUGAGUAG